CAAAGCCAAAAUUACAUCUGUCUUGGGCUGUGUUCUGAAGAUGGACUCCACAAAGAAGGUCACAAAGAAACUUGCCGGUGCUGCUGCAGGAACAGCUGCCUGGUGCACAAAUGUAGGAAACGAACAUGGCCAAGUCCUUGUCUCUGUGCUGACAGCCGCAGAGGGACAUGGACUGCACCCUAUGGCAGCUGGCCUAAUGAAACGCUACCGAGAGGCAGGAGAGGCAGCCCCGAAAGUGAUGUACGUGGACAGAGAUUGCUGCAGUCUUCAUGGCAAGUCUCAGGUGAAUGUCAUGUUUUCGGAGUGGGAUGAGCUUGAAGUGCGCCUUGACAUCUGGCAUUUCAUGCGGCGAUUUGCUGCAGGUGUCACGACAGAGGCUCAUCCGCUCUAUGGGAUCUUCAUGGCACGUCUGUCCAUGUGCAUCUUUGAGUGGGAUCCAGAUGAUGUGGCUGCUCUUCACCGUGCAAAGGAGGGUGAGCUGGCAGCAAAGAAGGCUGGCCACAUCUCAGGAAAGGCGCUGAGUGCCCGCAUUACCCGGAGAGAGUUGGCACUGCACUGCCAGAGGAGGACCAGGGGUGUGGAGGAGACCACCAGAUUGAUUGGAUCUCUGGUUGAUCUGUUUGACAGUGCGAGUGGUAAAGACACUCUGGGAGUUCCUCUGCUGGACCAUGAACGGAUCCAGCAGAUUUGGAAAGAACAGCGUAAGCACGUACAGUGUAUCCAAGACCCUGAGAACUUUCCCCUCUACACGAAGACAGGGACACUGAAGAAAGGCGGUGUGGAACUGUGCUGCUACAGAUGUGCCCGUGGCUCUACCUCUUUGGAAUCAUUCCACCUCCACCUAAACCGUUUUAUUCCAGGAACCAGUGCCAGUGAUGCACAUUUUCAGGCUUAUCUUCUUGAGGGCUUGAUGCGCUGGAAUGAUGACAGGAUGGAAGAUGCCAUAAAAGGAGCGUCCUCCAUCCGGACAUAUGGCAGUGCCAUGAAAGAGGCUGUGGACAAGCUUUCCCGAACUGUCUUCGGAAAGCCCUGGGAUGAGCGCUAUCGCCCUCCUGGAGCAUAUACAGGCAAGAAAUUCAAUAAUUUGUUCUUUUGUAAUAUUCUACUAAGUUAUAUAUUUAGUGUGCUGGGAAUGGAGUACCUUUACAGCCAGACUGGCAAAACACUUACUCCAGUGCUCCAGAACCCAGAGGAGGAAGACAGGCUGGUGGAGGAAGUUGAUGAUCAGGACCUGCAAGAUGAGGGGUUUGAGGAAGAGAUCAUGGAGGACAUCACAGUUCCAGUGCUGUAUGAGGAUGACCCUUGCCUCCCCAUCAUCGAUGGCUGA